AUGAACGCGGAUACCCAAGAUAACGUAAAGCGGUCAAUCACUGAAGCGGCUGCGGAGCAUUAUGAGCUUUUACUUGAGUCUCGGGAGUCCAACAAACGCCUCGACGCUCUUUCAUCUGAAGCAAUUGUAAAAUCUAAUUUAUUGCUCGAAACUCUUGGUAAGCUUCAGUUUUAUAGUCAAAAUAUGGCAGAUGUCGGUGCUUCUUGGCGGACUGAAAAGCAAAUCCUGUCAAAUGCGAUGUCGAAUUAUCCACAGCUUUUGGCUAUCGCUGAGUCUCCUUUUUUACUGCGUGAUUGCCUUUGCAAUGGUAUGUAUCAUCAGGCUUUAUUAAUAGUUGAGCAUAUGUCUCGAAUCACUCCUCGCGAUGCGAAUAGUGGUAAUCUUUUUUCUCGAAUUCAGCUCGAACUUUGGAAAACGCUUGAUGCAUGCUUUAACGAGGUGAUUUUACCCCGUUUAUCGGAAUCACUUACUGUAGAUGUUGCUUAUAAGCUAAUUACAUUUUUAGAACAUUUAGGGUUCGAUAAAUCUUACGUGAGGGAGCUUUUCCUUGAAAGGCGAAGGAUCUAUCUCGACAAGCUCAUUCAGGAGGCGGAGAAGAGUACGGUUCCUUAUUCUCGCGCGAUAAAAUUGAUUAAACUUUAUAAAAAUCAAACCAAUGAUGUGUUAAUGCAGUAUGAGGUUUGUUUCUUACCCUCUGAACGAACAAAAAAAGCGAAUGAAAGCAAAAGCGAAACGGAACAGGGCUGGGACGAGUGUAUUCAGCUGUGGAGCUAUGCCCAGGCGGAGCGCUUUCUCGCGGCCUUUGCGCACUGCAUCGGACAGCUCACCAACGGCUCCGAACUUGCACUUUUGGUCGAGCAAUCCUCCAGCUGCGCAACGCGUGCGGCCCAGGUCGGCAUGGAUCUCUUCCCCGGCAUCCAGGCGCUACUGAUAAGUCGAAUUCAGGCCCUCUUUUCCGCCCAGAUGGCCCACACCGUGGCGGCCUAUGGGAACGCCAUGCGGGGCUUUUCCUGGCGAAAGGCCUCCGCCCUGCGCACCUCCACCGUGCGGCCCAGCCCUCUGGAAGGAGGGGUGGGGGAUCCUUCUACGGCAACCCAGACAAUGGCUACACCUACGACUACGACUACUGCUAACAGCUGUAACAGUAACCCUAACUGUACUAACAGUAGCACUAGCCCUACGGAUACCCAUUGCGGGGGUGUGGUGAGUGCGCCGCCGGCGAUUCUCGCACAGUGCCUUCCGUUGGCCUGCGCGGUGAAUGGGUUGUUGACGGCCUUUAACUUCUGCCGUCGGGUGGUGAUGGGCGGUAUGGGGCUGACAGCAGUGGGGGAAGUGGAGGGGCUGCUCGCGCGAAUCGCGGACGACCUCGCGCGGGAUGCCGGCGUCGUGGAGACUCUGACCGCGCUCGAGCAGGGUGUUUACUACAAUUUCGUGCGGAUUUUUGUGGAGGUGUUGUACCCCUACGUGCUUGGAUGCACGGCGAGGCUCUUUGGGGAGGGGGCUCAGCGUUGGGUGGAGGAGAGCAUGGACGGAGAAGUCAAGGCACUGGCAAGGCGACUGCCCUCGGAGGUCUCUAAUAUGGAGUCUGCUAAGAUAUCUCCUCCUGCCCAACCAUCCCAGUCUUCUUGA